CCAACCCGGAAGUGUUGCGGUGUAGAACGAGUGUCUCCUCCCUGACAACCACGUGCUCGAGGGAACACAACACUGUUUUCUCGCCUCCUCAUUGGUCCGGCGGUGAUUAAGGGGAUCGGAUGUAAGUAGAUUUCACAGAGAGGUGAAGGUUUAAAGAAAGUGGGUCAGACUUCUUCAGAGAAUCAGAGCGUCCUCCCUCUCCUCUUCUUCGUCUCCUACCGGUAAACAAGGCGGAGGUGUUGACCAGAAUGAGUUAAACUAAAGUUGGGAGUCUUGCUGUGAGGAGUGCGACCCGAGGCUGGGGCAGACAUGGUGGAGGUGUUCACCGGGAGGACCCUCCUCAACAAGGACGGGGACAUCGUGGACCCGGAGGAGGCGCUGAGGAACAAGGUGGUGGGGAUCUACUUCUCCGCCGGGUGGUGUCCGCCCUGUCGGGACUUCACCCCCGUCCUGUGCGACUUCUACACGGAGCUGGUGGAGGAGGGCGAACCUCCGGCACAGUUCGAGAUCGUGUUCGUCUCCUCCGACAAGUCCAGCGAUGACAUGGUGGAGUACUACCACGACAUGCACGGGGACUGGCUGGCUCUGCCCUGGACGGACGAAUACAAACAUGAGUUGAAGCAGCGUUUCAAUAUCACGUCGGUGCCCAAACUGGUGAUCGUGAAGGAGAACGGAGACGUGAUCACGGAAAAGGGCCGGAAACAGAUCAGAGACCGAGGCCUGGCCUGCUUCAGGUCCUGGCUGGACGCUGCCGAGGUCUUUCAGAACUUUAAUGGUUAGGAGACGACUUCACGUUAAGGAACCACAGCGAGGCCUGAGCGAAACCAAAGUGAAGAAUUCCUGUGUCCGGGCUAAAAGGGAUAGGAAUGAUCCAGAAGCAUUACUGUUACACAAUAAUCUGUUUAAUUUAGAUUUCUCUCUCUUUUUUGCUUUUUCUGGUUCUAUAUUGGACACUUAAACUCUGAAGCACUGUACAAUCCUUCAAAAGGAAAGAUUGAACUCCUCACAAGUCAUGAUUAGAUCUUUUUAAAAUUGUCUUCAACCAAUGAUCCUAUGCAUUUAAGAGAAAUCUCAGGCUUCUCUGUCGUUGGGCUUUAGGAAAUCCGUUCUUUAUUGUUAAUAAUGGAAACCGGCUACAGUAAAUUUGCAUUGUUAAAAAGGAUAUUGAACUAAUGUUCUUUAUAAGCUAUUGCACUAAUUGAACAUACAGCUGAAUCCCACCUGCAGUGAAGACAGCCUCUCUUCAGAGAGCUUGCCUUUGUAUGUUUCCAAAAGUUUGACUUGUAGUUCUACAUUGAGCUGCCUGUAUAUUUUUUAUAUCCUGUUUUUUUAUGAGUUGCUAAGAAUGUUAAUUGUUAAAAUAUACAUAUAUAUUCUGUGGA